ACUGCUUCCAGUAUAAACAAAAUCAUACAGAGAUGUUCAAAAUGGGCAUGUCAUCGACUGGGGAGGAGGAGAUGUAGAAACAAUCAAACCAAUUGUAUCAUUAUCAAGUGAAUGUGACGGAUUGUUGUGAUUAUUAAUCAUCAACAUGGGGAACAAAGCCACGACAUUCACCGAGGAGCAGUUAGAAGCGUAUCAGGACUGCACAUUUUUUACGAGGAAAGAGAUUUUGAGGGUGUUCAAACGCUUCCAGUUGCUGGAUCCCGAUCAAAUUCCUUUUGACAUGACUGGUAGCGAAACGAGGACACUCAAGAUCCCAGUGGACACCAUAGAAAACAUGUCGGAGCUGAAGGAGAAUCCGUUCAAGCGCCGCAUCUGUGAGGUGUUCUCGGAGGACGGCAGCGGAAGCAUGUCAUUCGAUGACUUCCUGGACAUGUUCUCCAUCUUCAGCGAGGCGGCACCUCGAGACAUCAAGACGGUCUACGCGUUCCGGAUCUAUGAUUUUGAUGGCGACAACUAUUUGAACCGAGAGGAUCUGGAGAAGACAUUGUUUUGUCUGUCGGGAAAGGAGCUUUCCACAGAGGAGGUCACGUUCGUUGUGGACAAGGUGCUGGAGGAAACUGAUUUAGAUGACGACGGAUCAUUGUCAUACAUUGAGUUUGAGCAUGUCAUCUCUCGGGCUCCAGACUUCCUCAAUACGUUUCACAUCAGGCUGUAGCUGGGGGGCUGAUGGCUUGUUUGCUGUCUUCUGCUGCUGAUGUAUCAGUUAGAAACAGUUUGGUUUUAAAGAUGUCAAAUCAAGUGUCACUGGUGAGAGUGACCACAUUUUCCUGUAUAUAUCAGCAGUAUAGCCUAUCAAUAUGAUUACAGAAAUUUGAAAUCAUAUCAUUCAUAGAAUCAUAACAUUGACGUUUAUUGUAGAUAAACCAUUUUCCAUUGACAGAGCAUAUGUCAUUGAACAUUGAAGGCAUGGCAGAGUGCUAUGUUGCCAUGGUUUCACAAACUACCUUUGUAGUAAAACAAGUGCAUACUAGGUUUAUCUAACACCAGUUUAGACACCACAAAUUUUGACAUUAUUUUUAUUUAAAUAUUUAUUUAGCAUAAUUCAUUGGUUAAACAAAAUGCAAGAGACUUGCCGGGGUAAAUUGGCUCCUUGUUGUUAUGUCUUCUUUCAAGGCUCAAGAAAUGUUCUGCCUGCUACUCAAGUGCCAGAAACAUCUUGCAGGAUUCUUAAUACUCAUGAAACCUUUCUUGUUUUCUUCUGUCCUACUGAUAUUAAGUGAUAUCUGCUGCAUUAAUGAACAUUGGUUACGGAGUACUUUCCCUUGUAUGGAUGCCAAGAUUGCAACCACUCAGAACUGGGCCUGGGGCCUGUUUUACAAAGGGAUCGUAGCGCAACGACUGUUGUAAGUCUAUGUUACAGUAUGGGAGUUACGAUUGUCUUUGUGCUACGAUUGCUUUGUGAAACGGGGCCCUGGACUAGACAGGGAGACUCUUAGACAUAAUUUCUACUUUGUUCUACAUUGGAAUUUUUUGUUGAUGUUUACCCACAAUCAGAAAUGUAUUUCUGUGGGAUGUCAGUGUAAGGUGUGAGUACAGUGCAAGAAGUCUAGGUGGCUACAAGUAUACACCGUGUGAUGUAGGAAUGUCGAACCCCGUCAUACAUCAACAAAUAUGUUCCUCAUCCUCGGACUAUGGACUGGCUACUCUAAGCAUUUUUCAUUGUUCUUACAUGAUUUUAUUGGUUGUUUUUAACAUGUUUGAUUCUGUGCAAUAUUGUCUCACUCUGGAGAUGUUGUUUUGUUUUAUUUAUUUUCUGUUUGAUGAGCGUUUCCACAUUGUAGUGUUUAUUAUACUAUUCUAGUCACUCAUAAGUGGAAACAGAGAAUCAAGAUGAACAUCUGUAGAUGGAUUUUUAAUUUUCAGGGAUUAUAUACUGUUGAUUAUUAUGUUAUUAAUUGUUAUGUUAUUAAUUGUAAUAGGGUAUGGAUACACCUCCAGUUAGGUGCAUACCACUUUUAUAGAGGCAAUCCCCUUUUGUGCCUGUUUCUUGUCAUAUGCAAUCAUUAAGUGGCUUUGUUUUACAUGAACAAUUUUACAAUCCUGAUCAGGCAACAUUUUAUAUAUUUUUUGAAGUUUUCGAGUAAAAAGCAACCAUCUGACAAUAAAAUAAAAUAGUUGAAUAUAUUUAUUUUCUUUCUGACCACAUAAAAAUAUCCACAACAUAUUCAUCAUGAUCAUUACUAGAUUACAUGAUUAACAUUUUGUUAAGUAUAUUAAGUUUGAAAAUAAUUAUUGAUCAGAUCAGGGGUUUAUUGCGGAUUCCAAACUAAGUGCCCUUGGCCAGCAGAGGGGGACAAAAUCGUGAUACUUUUCAAAACUGGAUUAUUUUAAUGUUCUUAUUUUCGUAAUUUAUGAGGAAUUGGGAAAUCUUUAAUUCAAAUUGAAAAUUUGUUCUAUCAUUUGCUGCAGACUUGAUUCUGAAUAUAAGCCUCUUAGUAGGUCUAGAAAAAUCCUUGCAAAUGCAUUGUAUGUGGACUCUGGUCAUUGCCAUCUGCAAUUUCCUUAAGAACAACGCCUGCUCAAAAUCUGAUAUGACAUGGUACAAAUACUAAACAUUCUGCAUUUUAUGCUGUAUUAGCAAAUUUUUUUUUUAACUGCUCCAAAUGACCCAAACAAUGUCUCAAUAAAUGGGAUUGAGGGGUCAGGUACGCUGACUUGGUUGAUGCAUGUCAUUCUAUCCCAAUUGCGUGGAUUGAUGCUCAUGAGGAAUCAAACCCACCUAGGUUUCUGGCGUGUCUAAGAUGUGUAAUAUCAUUUUUCUAUAUUUCACCCGACUUCCAUAUGCAUCAAACAUGUUAUACAGUGACACAUACAGUAUAUUAGGCAAAGCUUUUUUGAUUUUACAGUUCACUGAUUUUUGUUAACCAAUCAGCUUGGCUUUGUUCAGUGAGAAUAGAAUUUUGUGUAGCUCAGUAUUUCUUUUGUUUUUAUUUGAAAGACGUUGUUUGUUAACGCCACACUGGGCGAUAUUUCAGCUAUAUGACUGUGGUCUGUAAGUGAUCAAACCUGGACCACACAAUCCAGUGAUUGACAUCAUGA